CUGCGUCUGCCGGUCCCGCCACGGAUUCAUUAGGGAUCCUCAAACAGAUGAGCCCCGUGGAGACGAGGAAUCAAGACAACGGAUUAGAGCCAAUUGCCUGCUUCGGGGACUGCCAGCCUUUCCAGGCCUGGUGACGGGGGAGGGAGGAGAUAGACGAACGGAGCGCCGCUGCGGGAAGACACCCGAAGCUAGAGCGACAAUCUCCCCCUGCCCGCCCUCCCCUCCACCUGGCAGCGCAGGCUUUGAAAGCUGCUCACCCAUCUGAAUGGAAACUAGGAACCGCCGGGCGGCGUGUUCCUUCUCGCCCAGCCUCGCGAUCCAUGCCGAGGGGAAGGCAGUGCGAGCCCGCGCCAGCGUCCAGCUCCCGGGACAGGGCCCGCAGUGCUGCUGAGCAGAACUUGACCGAGCCCCUUCCUCGCUGCUAGAGGGAGCGAUGCUGCACGGCACAGCCAGCGCUUCCCCGGCUCUCCUUCAAGCUGAAGGUUACCCACCCGCGCAGCCAGUCCCAAGCCUGUGAGCGCCGCGCCUCGGGUCCCGGCUCCGGCUGCUUGGCGGCGGCGCGCAGGGCAACUACCUGGCCGCCCGCGCCGGGGCGCACUGCACCAGCGGCUUCGGCUUGGUGGAUGUGUAUGCAUGAGUUCUGCACCGAAUGGGCGCAAAAAGCGCCCCAGCCGGUCCACCCGCUCCUCAAUCUUCCAGAUCAGCAAGCCCCCGCUGCAGAGCCGGGAUUGGGAGCGCAGGGGCAGCGGCUCCGAGAGCGCCCACAAGACCCAACGAGCCCUGGACGAUUGCAAGAUGCUUGUCCAAGAGUUCAACACGCAAGUGGCCCUGUACCGAGAACUGGUCAUUUCUAUCGGGGACGUCUCUGUCAGCUGCCCCUCACUCAGGGCGGAAAUGCACAAGACAAGAACCAAAGGCUGUGAAAUGGCCCGCCAGGCACACCAAAAACUUGCUGCCAUCUCGGGCCCAGAAGAUGGUGAGAUCCAUCCAGAAAUCUGUCGGCUCUACAUCCAGCUGCAAUGCUGCUUAGAAAUGUACACAACAGAGAUGCUAAAAUCCAUGUGUCUGCUGGGGUCUCUUCAAUUUCAUCGAAAAGGAAAGGAGCCUGGAGGGGGAACCAAGAGUUUGGAUUGCAAAAUUGAAGAGUGUGCUGAAACACCUGCUCUAGAGGACUCCUCAUCAUCCCCUGUAGAUAUUCAGCAACAUUCCUGGCAGGUUUCCACAGACAUUGAGAACACUGAAAGAGACAUGCGAGAAAUGAAAAACCUUUUAAGCAAACUCAGGGAAACUAUGCCUUUACCAUUGAAAAAUCAAGAUGACAGCAGCCUUCUAAAUCUAACUCCCUACCCCCUGGUUAGAAGACGGAAGAGAAGGUUCUUUGGGCUGUGCUGUCUCGUCUCAAGCUAGGUGAUUCCUCCUGGAAACCACCACUAGGAAGACCUGAAAAUAUCACUGAACCCGAGGACCUCCAGACAGCUGAACCACAGUUAUUGGUUUUUGACUAUGUUUUCUAUGCUUCCUUAUUACUUUUAUCCACCUCCCGCUGCCCUUAGAAAUGAUUUUACAUUUGAAAGCAGCUGCUGUCAAGAAGAAAAAAAAAAGACAGAUUCGAAAAGCAGGCUGUUUUUAAAAGGAUUUUUAAAGCUGACAUUGUGCAUGUCUGCUCCAAACCACACCAUGACAGA